AUGAUGGAAUCUAAUCAGGCGACCCUACGUAAAGCUCCGCUUUGAUUGGCAACACUUGAGGAUCCCUGGGCUCCUAAAUUGUUCAGCCUGAACUACACAACUGGGUCCCUUAUCAGGCACAAAACCCACCCUCCCCUACCUUUGCCCACCUCCAUUAUUUCAGCUAUUUUGAAGGAGGCUUCUCUUCUUUUUCUUAAGAUGGCACAGCAAAAGGUAGUGCUGAAGAUUCUGGCCAUGAAUGAUGAGAAGACAAAGCAGAAAGCAAUAGAGGCUGCCGCCGAGAUCUAUGGCAUUGAUUCAAUAGCUGCUGAUCUGAAGGAACAGAAGAUGACCAUUGUAGGCGAGAUGGACACGGUGGCAAUUGCAAAGAAGUUGAAGAAAAUAGGAAAGAUCGAUAUCAUAUCAGUAGGGCCAGCGAAAGAAGAAAAGAAAGAGGAGAAGAAAGAAGAAAAGAAAGAAGAGAAGAAAUAGAGCAGCGCAGCGUCUCAAUGCGAGUACUAGUGGUUUUUCCCCUAAUAAACCAAUACCUGUUUCUCUUGCUCUGUACUAGUCGACCCAUAAACCAUCUCAGCCUGUCACUCCCAUCUUUUCAAAACAAGUGGGCGAGGAAAUGCUCUAUGCUUCACAUUCCACAAUCUAGUAUUGACUUCCACGAUGUCUCUUUCACUUACCUACCUAAUAGUAUGACUUGUUUUUCUGUAAGGAAGAUGGUGACAAAUUUGACA